AUGGGUCUUCUCACCAUCAUUCGGAAAAUCAAAAAGAAAGAAAAGGAAAUGAGAAUUCUUAUGGUUGGGUUGGACAAUUCUGGAAAAACUACAAUCGUGUUGAAGAUUAAUGGGGAGGACACUAGUGUCAUCAGUCCUACCCUUGGCUUCAACAUCAAAACCAUCGCCUACCAGAAGUACACUCUAAAUAUAUGGGAUGUUGGAGGCCAGAAAACAAUUCGAUCUUACUGGAGAAACUACUUUGAGCAAACAGAUGGUUUAGUUUGGGUAGUUGACAGUUCAGAUCUUAGAAGGUUGGAUGAUUGCAAAAUGGAGCUUGAUAACCUUCUAAAGGAAGAGAGACUGUCUGGAGCAUCCUUACUAAUUCUAGCAAAUAAACAAGAUAUUAAAGGCGCCUUAGCACCCGAAGAAAUAGCUAAGGUGUUGAACUUAGAAACUAUGGAUAAGUCUCGGCACUGGAUGAUAGUUGGAUGUAGUGCAUUCACCGGUGAGGGUUUGCUCGAGGGAUUUGAUUGGUUGGUCCAGGACAUAGCAUCUAGAAUCUACGUGCUCGACUAA